ACACCUGGCGCGUCCCGGUCGCCACUUCCGCCGGCGCGGGGCCGCAGGAGGAGCGAUCCCCGAUCCCGGAUCCCGGCGGGCGGGACGCCCUGGCGGGAGGCGGCUGGCUGGAUCCGCCGUGCCUCUCCUCGCCCGCCGGACAGCUUUCAGACAGAAAACACACUGAAAGAGAAUAGCAGACRGAAGACAAUAAUAGCACCGAAUGCAGCGAACCAGGAACCAUGGAUCUGAAAUUCACUUCAUCAAGAAAAUAUAUUUCCAUCAGUGUACCUUCCAAAUCUCAAACUAUGUCUCCCCAUAUCAAAUCAGUAGAUGAUGUUGUAGUUCUUGGUAUUAAUCUCAGCAAAUUUAGCAAACCUACUCAAUUUUUCAUCUGUGUUUCUGGAGUUUUUAUGUUUUAUCUAAUCUAUGGAUAUUUGCAGGAAUUGAUAUUUUCAGUGGAAGGUUUUAAACCUUUUGGUUGGUACCUCACUUUAGUGCAAUUUGGAUUUUAUUCCAUUUUUGGACUAAUAGAAUUGCAGUUGAUUCAGGACAAAAGAAGAAGAAUUCCUGGCAAAACUUACAUGAUAAUAGCAUUUUUGACAGUGGGAACUAUGGGUUUGUCAAAUACCUCUUUAGGAUAUCUCAAUUACCCUACUCAAGUCAUCUUCAAAUGCUGUAAGCUGAUUCCAGUUAUGAUAGGUGGAGUUUUUAUACAAGGAAAACGUUACAAUAUUGUAGAUGUGUCUGCUGCACUAUGUAUGAGUCUUGGAUUAAUAUGGUUUACUUUAGCUGACAGCACAGUUGCACCAAACUUCAACUUGACAGGUGUGGUCCUAAUAUCCCUUGCCCUCUGCGCAGAUGCAGUUAUAGGAAAUGUACAGGAAAAAGCUAUGAAGUUGCACAAUGGUUCUAAUUCAGAAAUGGUUUUGUAUUCCUAUUCAAUAGGUUUUGUGUAUAUUUUAUUUGGAUUAACAUGCACUAGCGGAUUAAGCCCUGCAGUAACAUUUUGCUCAAAGCAUCCAGUUCAGACUUACGGUUAUGCAUUCCUUUUCUCCCUGACUGGGUAUUUUGGCAUAUCCUUUGUUCUAGCUUUGAUUAAAAUCUUUGGUGCCCUUCUUGCUGUAACAGUAACAACAGGACGAAAAGCAAUGAGCAUUGUGCUUUCUUUUUUGUUCUUUGCAAAGCCAUUCACAUUACAGUACGUGUGGUCAGGCUUAUUGGUGGUCCUUGGUAUAUUUCUUAAUGUUUACAGUAAGAAUAUGGACAAAAUCAAACUGCCUUCACUUCUUGGUCUUUGGAAAAAAAGCAUGGAAGAAAGAAAAUCAAGGACGUUAUCACAAACUGUAUAAGCGGUGGUUUAUGCCUUGUCUAGACUUUGACUUACUAUUUUAUUGGARCAGUCUUCAACUGAUGUACUUUCCAAAGGGAACAUUAUUAAAACCAAAGGAGCUGAAGGCAUAUUGUCUGCUUGCAGAUUGCUGUCAAUGCACACUUUYGUGAGCCCUUUCUUUAGAGCACUUGAAAUUCAUCAUAAACGGUGUUGUAGGCCAUUAUCAGAUGGUUUCUUCAGCAAUGAAGGACAGCAGCUCCUGGCAAACUGCUGAGAAGCUGCACUURAAGUGGGACACAGUAGAAGACUAGUGUGGGCAUUUUAAUAAUAUUGGCCAUGUGGCUGAUUUGAGAUUAGUGGUUCUUUGUUAAUUGUCUAGGUGGGAUAAUUUAAAUGUAAUACUGUAUUAACGUUUAAUGGAACCUAAUCACCAACUGGUUGACCAAAUUGUGAUUUUAAAGAUGGAAGGUUUAGAAUACAGUAUGUUGUCACUCUUUUACAUUUUAAAUAAAAAUGUUGAGGUUUUUUAAGUUAUUGUUUACAUCUUCACAGAACUUGAUAUUUAUUGUAAUAAGUGAAAUUUUWAUGGAAAUCCUAGUGUUACUCUUUUUGACUGUUGUUUGUAAGUAGCAAAACAGAGAUUUAGUGUGUGUGGACAGCACUCAUGCUUUUACAAGGGUGAAAUGGAUUUUUAGGCCUGAACAAUGGUCUAUGAAACUGUUACUUAUUUAUUCUGUGGUGAAAUACAGAAUUUUAGUGGCCUGUGGCCCUCUUGAUCAUAGUGGUAUAAAGAGACAUGGAAGUUCUCCUUAAAUUCAUAUAAUCAAAUCAAAAUUCUUCAAUUUCAACAUUGGAGUAAAUAACACCAUCAGCUAAUGUGAUUGGAAUGUGUAUUGUAUCAGUCUGUGUGGUCUUCUGAUGAAGUUAAGAGGAUUAGGAUACAGAUUACAAUUUUCUUUUUUUAAUGACAGGAGGAGACAAUGUACUASCAGUCUGUCUUUUUCAUCAUGAAUUUAGGAAGACUAAGUCCAUUUAUCUCUCUUUCUUUCAUAUUCAACUUGCUUUUGAAUUGCUUGCCAUCUCUUUAAUUUUAUAUGUUUAACAGCAGCACUUUAAAAAUACUAAUCACCUUACAAGUCAUUCUUCUUAAGURGUCAUGGGUUUUUUGUUGUUGUGUCCCUUAGAUGCAUCUUGAUGUGUGUUCUUUCAACUUAGACAAAAGCCAAUUGCAUAAUAGAAAUAUAUAAUCAGAAAGAAUGUACAAAGAAUUAAAAUAUCUCACAGCAUGUCUUUAUGUCAAAAAUACUAGUCAGUGAAAGUAUUCAAGAAUGUGCAAAAUKUUUUUCAGAGUUUUAUGAAGAAUUGUUGUUCAAAGGACCUUGUAAUCAAAGCACAGACACGAAAUGUGCCUUAAAUUUUUGUUUAUUAAGUUGGUGGCUCUCAUCUUCCCUAUUAAGUAUGUUAUAGAAGAGAACACAGAAUCUUAGCACAAUGGGAUGAACAAGAGAAGAGCUGUGCUAACAUAGCUGCACUGUUCCCAGCACUGAAGCUUUUCUGGUGUGUCAGCAGAGCCUCCCAACACAUACAAUCCCACUCUUGUCAAGUUGGGAGAAUUUAUUGCAUGUGACAGUUUCGGUUUUUAAAUUCCCRGCUGCUGCAUGGUUGAUUGUGUCACGGAUGAGAUAGAGAGGUGAGAAUUUGAAAAACAGAUACACCUUGAAAGAGACCAAUGGCCUGCCAUGGCUGUCCAUUUUCAUGUAGCAGCCCAAGUUUUAUGGUAAGGUAUGGUAACAAAGGGUUAAAAUUUCAAAUUUGGUGUAAGAGUGCAUUUGACCAAGUUAGGGGGGUUGAUCCACUUCUUUCCCCAUGAUAUCUAUCAACUCUUACAUUCCCUUGCACUSUUUUCRCUAAAUUAAGUUGGUCGUUCCAUCRAGGCUAAGAUACCUUUACAAUCUCAGUUCUGCCAUUUGUGAGCUCUGCCUGUUGCUAAACUUUSUUGAGCUUCAGGAAUCCAAAUUAUGAGAAAGCUACCACACAUGCAAAAAUUCAUAGUAAAUAUAAUUCAUUUGGCCUCUGUUUAAUUUAAAUAGAUGAGAAGCCACUCACAAAGUUUCUAACUAGAAUUCAAAUGUAGUAUGUAUGUGAACUGUUUAUAUAAUCCAGUUUUGUCUCUAUUGUCUCUCUGUGGAGAGAACAGCAAUCACAAUAAUUCACCUUUUAAUUUAUUCUCUAUUGUAUAAACAACUGAGUUAAUGAAGCUAUCAUUAGGGGAAGUUUUGAUUUAUUUUUUUAUAUUCUUAUUAACUGUAGAAGUGUAGGUCUUGUUUUACAGGUGUACUUYAAAAAUUAUUUUUAUAUACAAAUGAAUAUUGUAGGUUUACUGUUAAUAGCAUAAAUUUAAGAGUCAGCUCUUUAUUUUCAUAGGUGUGAGUCUACUAUUUGCAAAUCAACAAUAUGUUAAUGUGUUAAAGAAAAUGCACAAGUGAGAGUAGUUAAUCAUUUGCUACCCAUCAUGGUCUGUGUAUUUUCAUGCCUUCAUUAUGAAAACCUUCAUUUCAGUCAGUUGCUGUUUUUGGGAUUGUGUGGUUUUUUAAAUAAGUUUCAUAGUGCAUGCAAAUCAGAGAACCUUACAAAACUACAAGUGUUCUUACUACAAAAUAUUGAGGGUUUGAGUCUUCUGUGCUGUAUAUGUAUGUUGGUUUUGUGUUGUCUAUGAAAUAUGAAUAAGGGCUUGUCCACAAAGUAACUGUAAAUUCUGGGGUUUUUUUUUCUGUAAGAGCACUUGUAUUGGGAAGUUGGUUAACCCUUCCCAAGGGUUGUUGAAGGCUGGUCAUAGUAACUGUUGCAUUUUAUACUCAUUGUCACCUGGACUCUUUACAGUAGGCAUGUGAAACUAUAGAAAAAAAUAUUCUCUCACCAGAAAAUUUAUUAUCUAAAUAUAAUGUGAAUUAGUUGCUUCUUAUUUUUGUGCUACACAGGUUUUUCCUCUCUAUAAAAAAUCUUUGAUGUAGAAAUGAGUUAUAAUGGUACUGAAAUUCACAGUAAAAUUUUAGUCUGACCAGGAUCUCCAUUGAUUUCAGCAAUCUACCUCUGUGACACCUGUUUCUGCCUCCUUUGGAAAGCUGAGGGAGCUCUUUUUGCCUAAAUCAGCAUGCAUAUGCAGUUGUUUUCAUAUUACAUUUUUGCAUUUGUUUGGCACACUUCAGUAAUGAAGUAAUUGACUGUGCAKCAGAUUUCUUCUGUAUUUAAGUGCAUCAGUAUAGUCAGAACUACUAAUUAUGCAGGUACCUAUGUGUGAAUACAAGUGUGGAAGAACUAAUGCCCUGCCCUCCAAAUCUACAGUGUUUCCUUGUGCUGCAUUAAACUGUUUUACUUAAUCUUCUUCUACCACUCCUGUGCUUUGAACUUACCAAAUAUUUUAAGCUAAAGCUUGGGCAUAUGUCAUUCCUACUUAUCUUUAUUAGUUCCUUACUCAUCUUUCUUGCUUUUGGAUAUGAAGUCUUCUUUUUCCUUUUUUUUUUAAGUACUCUGUUUAUGCACUGUGGAUGGUUUCAGGUUUAUAUUCCUGAAUUUAAGGGCUUAAACAUCACACUGUUGCAGAUUGGUCACAUUCCAUAUUUUCUGUUUCAUAUUAGUUAUAGCCAUCUGGAUGAUUCUUUUAAAUCCACUUUUCUCCAUGAAAAAAUCAUAUUUUUCAUUAUUUUUGGAAAGUUCUUGAUGAGUACAUAUAUGAGUUAACUCCUUGACCUCAUUCCAUUUCCCAAGAAAAUCUCUCUUCUCCCUUGCCUGCCUGUAAGAACUAAAGGAAGAGGAAAUAAAUUAUUGCAAAUGCUCUUUUUUUUUUCUUCAAUAAGUGCCUUCCUCACUAACCUGGUGUGUCUUAGUUGUUUCUUUUCUUUCUGCCUCCCAUGCUUCCAGGCACAAGCAAGCCCUUCUCUCAUGUUUGACCGGUGCUUGUUCAAUCAUGGAAACUUUUUGAGUUGUUUACUGUUCUGAAAAGAGGUAUAAAAUUGCAUGUAUACUCUGGGGGGCAGGAAAUAAUAAGUAAACUUCACAAGUUAAGGAAGUAAUUAAAUGGAUUAGUAGUUUUUCUGGAGCGAUGUUUAUAUGGUUUGAUUAAUAGCUCUGAAUUUGUUAGUGGAAGGAGUUUUUUUUUUUCUUUUAUGUUUUACCUGUUUAAAAAUCUUUAUAUUACUUUUAAUAUUUAAUAUAAAACUCCUGAGUGUUCAGACAAUUUACAGAGAUUAAUUUGAGUCUUGCCUAUGAGGCAGGAAAGCCCUAUCUCCAUUUCAGAGAUGCAGUAGAAAUGGUAUCUUGCCCAAAAUUACCUUGGCGAGUCUGUGAUGAGCAAGAACAGAUGUUAAUACCCUCAGUUAUUCUGUGCCCCAAGUCCAGCCCAUCUGUACUUUAAAUGAAAUGGUACCGAUGUAAGCCCCGUUUUCUUUUUACCCCCAGUAUUAGAGAUGUUUAACUAUUUCUGUUCCUUGUUCUAUACAAGUAUAACUUAAAGGGAAAUUAAGACAGCCAUAAAAUAGCUUUUCUUCAUUUUAUUUGAAGCUUUUUUUUUUUUUUUUUUUUUUUUUUUUUUUUUUUUUUUUUUUUUUUUUUUUUUUUUUUUUUUUUUGUUC